AUGGCGCAGUCGCAAUCAGAGCAACCUCCCAGUUUGGCCUUUGAUCCCGAACCCGAAGACCUUCGCUUUCUCUUCACCCACACGAUCCUGAACCAAAACCCCAAGCUCCUCCACCUGUCCUCAUUGCCUCAAAAGCCCAAGGCCCCGAGACCAAGCACAACGGGCCUGGCCCGCUACGGUUCCGCCCCAAGAUCCCUCCUAAACUCAGCUGUGGACUCUAUCAUGGGAGCCGCCGCCGACCACGAAUUCUCAUCCCUCCGACCGCAGCACCUACGAGGCCACUACUUCUCCGGAGACGGUGGCGGUGACUCUCCCUCCCUCACUAGCUCCGAGUCCAGCUUCAAAGUCAACUCAUCCAACGGCAGCCAUAGGGACACCAGCACCACCAAGCCAUUGCUCCAAUCGCAUGGUCUGAAUGAGAUUGGAUCUUCCAACUUUUCUUCUUGUUCUUCGACGUCGUCGGCGGCUCUGGUUCGCCAACGAAGCUCUCUAGCUAGCUUCUUCAGCCAUCUCACCGCCUCUGAGAAUAAUGGAGGAUUCUCAGUUACAAGAGGAACUGGAAGCUAUAGAUCACAAGGGGGCAAUAAUGGUGGUCACGGAGUAACAAGAUUAAAGUCGCAGUUGAGCUUAAUUGGGCAAGAUUCUCUUUCUCAAAUCUCUGAGGUAAGUGAAAAUGCUGGUAAAGGUGUUAGCACUGACAACGGCCACCAUAGUGCCAUGCAUUCUUAUCCCGCCACUAGCCUUGGGAUGGAAUCCUGGGAUAAUACAAAUUCGGUUGUCUUUUCAGCUCCACCAAGUAAGCGAGCUAAAAAUAUGGAUGGGGACAUAUUUAACUUCCUCAAUGCUUUAGAAUCUCAGUUUAGCCUUCCCCACACAUCUUUAGAAAUGGCAACAGUAGAUAAGCUACUGCACAUCCUUGAAGAUUUUGUUCCUUGCAAAAUCCGUGCUAAGCGUGGCUGUGCAACUCAUCCCAGAAGCAUUGCAGAGAGGGCAAGUGAUCUGGGUUGUUUCGACGGUUAA